ACCAUUUCCAUGGCACAUAAGGUCCCUGUAUCCCCAUUUUCGAUCAUACUGUCGUCGGUCUCUAUCCAACCUGGUAUACACACGUAGUAUGGAGAUCCAAAAAGCCACAGACUUUACCAUCAGUGCUCUUACAUCAAGCGAGAAAACACUAGCCCGCGAAUUGCUCAGCUCUGAGCAGUUUGAUAAAGACUCUGACACAAUAUGGCUUCGUGCUCCGAGCCUUGAUCUUGGCGACGCCAUACGCGAUGCUCGGGCGGGGGCAGCUAAAGAAGGGUUUGUGGCAAUGUUCAUAAACCUUUAUUGCGAUACACUUGUUGUCAGACCAAAUACGCAGAUUCUACCAGAGAAAGAUGAAAAGGGCGAGCACCCCCUGGUGCUCGAGAUUUUUGCUCGAAAGCUUGUCCCAUUGAAACCGAUGGACGGUCCCUGGAUUGAAGCACGGAUGAUCGAUGGGUGUGAGAUUGUAUUCUGGACUCCACGGAUGCCACGAGAAUUCUGUAUAUACUUCGCUCUGGGGGGCUCGGGCACUGAAGUCGUUGAUGCCAUCGUCGAAAAGGGCCAUUUUGGUGUCUCAUACCUAUUCGACGCUGGAACCAUCAAGGAAACUCAUUAUAAGGCACCAAAGAACGCGAUGAACAAUCUUGACUAUCUCAACCUGAUUAACGAUGAGGGAAGACUUGUUGACAAGGGCUUUCUGAAUGAUGACCUGCCUCGCUUGCUUCGAUUCCAGUUGUUGGUAGCCCAAGCCAACUCAACUGUCAACAAGAAACUUGCAAUCGAGCUUCUUGAUUAUGUCAUUACUGCAACGGCGACGCAAAAUAGCCUAUAUUUGAAUUGUCAAGCCAGCACACUACUAAGAAAUCUCAUGAUCGACGCCGACGUCCUCGCAGUUCCAUCGGUCAACAUACACGCCAGCAAGCAGAUAUUGAAAUCACGACUUGUGGCAGCACAGGCUUUUGAGCAAGCGUUUGACGAUUUCAACAGCGAGGCACGCGACCUCAGUAUUCAAAGACUCACAGCUAUGAACAUGCUCGCAAAGAGUGAUAACGCCAUGGAGACAUACAAGUUUCUCAGGGAUAUUCGCGAGCGAGACUAUGCAAACGCCGUGAGCGCUAACAACAAAGCGAAGGAGAUCCUAAAAUCACGUCAAGAUGACCUGGAGGAUCUGAGCAAGGAUUUCAAUGAUGGAAUCGCAGAGUGGCAAGACGAGGAGACUAGAGAGGCCAUCAAGGAGCUUCUCACCGCGUUCGUCGAAGUUGGCAUCGCUAUUGGUGUUACUGUCCUCACUGAUGGUGCUGGCGCCCCUGAGGUCGCCGUGGCAGCCGGUGAAGUCGCCGAAGUGGGCGGCAGAAUCGCUCGCCUAGUCGAGAAAGUCAAAUCCGUGUACGAAAAACUGAAGGAAAUCUACGAGAAGAUCGAGACAGUGGUGGAAAAGCUACAAGAAGCAGCAGAGACCAUUCAGGACGUCAUCAGCACCUUAAAGGCCGUCGAAGACACCGCUUCGGACGCAAAAGGUCUGAAGCCGCCCAGUGAGAUAUCCGAUUCAUUCAACUCCACAGCAGACUGGAGGCGCUUCGACGGCGCAGUACGUGAGAUGGAGCAUGAAAUGGCCGCGUACGAGAUAGGGGGCAAAGACGAAUACUUCCACGCCCUGAAGACACUCGUCAUCGACGGCGAGACUUUCAUCCAAACACAAGCAAACCUCGUCCAGAAAGGCGACGAGCUGGCCACCGUCAUCGUACAGCAGCAAAUGCCAGCCCGAGACAAAACCCGUCUCCACGCCACAACACAACUCGUCGCAACAGACGCACGCGUCGUCGACCUGCUACGACGCGCCAUGUUCGACCGCCUCCUCGCCAUCCGCUCCAUGGUCUACAUAGACUUCUACACCUACGUCACCGCCUACAAAUACCACGCCCUCUCAACAGAUCCCAUAAUCACCCUCUCCCCCGUAAAACCCAUCGCCGCCUCCCUCGACGACAUCGCCAAACUCCAAGGCGCAAUCGCAUCCUUCGGCUCGCGCGUCCUCGUGCAAGAACGCUCCUUCACCCUCUCCUCCCUCUGCGGCCACGACUCGCCCGUCGAUCUCGCGAGGGCCCUCCUCUCCCAUGAACCUAUCCUAUUCCCUGUCUCCCACGCCCUCCCCGUGUGGGCCGGGUUUGGCAGAAUCCGCCUCUCGCGCGCUCGCUGCUUCCUCGACGGCAUCUCCCCACCAACACCCGCACCAGCUCCAACGCCGCUCCGCAUCGAACUGCGCACCACAGGCCGCUUCUCCGACCUCGACUACAUCGCCCCCAAGCAGCCCAAAACCUUCAUCGGCGACCCCCGUAUCCUCCUCUUCGAAUACACCCCCGGCACCAGCACACACCCACACAACAUCCUCUGCGACGGCGACUACGGCCUCGAGCGUGACUACACAAAGCACACCCCGAUUACGACGUGGGAGGUGCGGUUGCUGACUGAUCUGGCGCCGGGAGAUCUGGAUGGGUUGACGGGGUUGCGGUUAGAGGUUUUGUGUGAGGUUGUUUGGAGGGGGGUGUAA